AUGUCAACCUCAUCGAAGCAUCAAAGGAAGCCAUUCCUAUUGGUGAAGACGGAUCUGGAUAUUUUGUAUUUAAAAAUUCCUGAUACUUGGUAUGAGUCAUCUUUCUUUGUGAGCUUCACUCUCAGAAUUGGAGAGCAAGUAUCCACCAAGAUGGACAUACUUACCAUCACCCAGCAAGACACUGUGCUGAUCGAGUUUACGGUGCAAGGUGGCCCCUUUGUGUUCAGAACUUGCCAGAAAGUUUAUUUUGAAGCAUUCUCAGACGACAGCAGAUCUGAACAUGUUGACAUCAUGAACGCUAACAUUUACAAAGUACCUAAAGACGGAGAAAACGAAAAAGUAGUUGUCUCUUUGGUCUCUUCAAAGUAUCAUGGAAGAGGAGACUUUGAACUUUUUGCUGAACAAGAUACAGUUUAUUAUCUGAACUACAGAGGAGUCCACCAUAUGUUGGAUCCUGAUAAGUUCAAUCAAAAUUUCAAAUAUCAAAGCUCCAAACAAAGUCGAAGGUUGAAAUAACUCUUGAAAACUCUGUGCUAGACAGUGAUGAAUUCUUAGAUAUCAGCUUCCAAAAUGCUGAACCAAGCCUAACUGCAGAUCUCAUUCUGUCAAUAUCAAGUAAGAAUGUUUUACUCCACACACAAAAAGUAUCAGUAAACAAAUCUGAGCUUAAAAUCAGAGUUCCUGUCUCAAAGCUGGGACUUCCAAAUGGAGGAGUUAUCUCUGUUAACAUUUAUGAACCUCAACAUCCUGCUGAAAAUUCAGUUCUGUUGGAGAACUUCCCAUACUUAAUAGUUGCAGAGGCUCUUGCUUUCGUGGUUCCAAGCCAGACUUUGCAAGUCAAAGUGCAAACUGACAAAGAGCUGUACUCGACAGGUGAUGAAGUCAACUACACUGUUACUGUUUACAACUCCACAACUGGGGAACAGGUCUCUGACGAUGUCUAUAUCGACCUGAGUGUGACCGACCUGACUCCAUUCCUUGAGAUCGAAAGCAAGAGACAGCCGCCUUCGCUGGUAUCUUCUGUGUAUCUUCAGAAAGAAGUCAACAUUACCAAAGAAUAUGAGUUUCUGAAUACCAAUGAAAUACUUGGAGAAGCCAAAGAGAAGUUGGAACUUCUCAUAGGCACUCAGAAGUGGAGACUGUUCAAACUAGAUCCUCGAAUUCAGUUUGAUCUAGACCAAGGGCAUGACCAAAUUUUAGAUUAUGAUUUGAGCAAUCUAUAUCUUUCCAAAAUUAGAUCUUCUAAUAUAUUCACUGGUUAUGAAAGAGUCAGAGAAGGAGAUAUAGGCGAGGCUAUGGGGACUCUUGGAAUAGAGGAAAUUGGGAAUUAUGGUGAUUGGGUAGAUGCUGAGUGAUAUUUGCCUGACUCGGAUAUAAGGUGUGAUGAGUCUGGACUUUGGGGAGGGAUAGAAAAGUACUAUGAUGGUGAAGAAGAGAUGGAGGGGGAAUAUGUAGAGGGAGAUGAGGUGGAAGAGAGAGAUGAAGAGGAGAAUGAGGAGAAUGAGGAGAAUAUAGAGAAAGAAAAAAAAGGAAGAGGAAGAAAGGUUUAUGGAGGAGGUUGAAGACCAAGGGGCUGAAAGAGUUGAUUUUAAGCAGACACAGGUGUUUAAAGAGUUUGUGAGAGUGAAGAAUGGGCAGUUUAAAGGAACUUUUAGACUUGGAGAACUUGUGUCGAAGUUUAGGUUUGAAGCCAACUCUGUUACGAAAGAUGGGGUUUAUGGUCAUCAUCAGUCUUAUCUCAAUGUGUUUAAUGAAUUUCAUAUUCAGGUUAAUAUUCCAAUGUAUUUCACAAACUUUGAUGAAAUCAAAGUCCCUGUGGUAAUCCAUAAUAGUAAAGCUAUUGAUUUAAAAGUUGACUUGUCAGUAUCAACAUUUCCGAAGACAACCUCACUAGAAUAUUCUUUGUCUAAAAACAAAAUUUCAGUUCUAAAUCAUUCACAAAAGACAGUAAUAGUCACAUUCAAAGCAAAAUCUGUGUCAGAUGAAUACUUCCAAGUUAAGAUCAAUGCAAAAGCUGGCAAACAAGCAUCUGACAGUUUUACAUCCACUACCAAAAUAAUUGCAAGAGGUUUCCCAAAAAUUGAAUCCCAGAGUGGCUUCUUAGGUUCAACAAAUGACGGAUUUGCAUCUGAAUCUGAGCUAAGCUUCAAGUUACCAAUAACAUAUGAAUCUGGAUCUUUGCAGCUAGAAACAAAGCUAUACAUCAAUAAACUUGGAAACAUCUUAGAUUCUCUAGAGAGUCUCAUCAGAAACCCUCACGGGUGUUUCGAGCAAACUUCAUCAACUACAUAUCCACUUGUGAUGGCUCUGAAAGUGCUUGAAUCUCUACCUGAGAAAGACAGCAGAGCCACUCAAAUGAUCCUUGAGAUCAAGCAAAAACUCCGACCAGGCUACCAAAGACUCGUCAGUUUUGAGACUGAAACAGGAGGUUAUGAAUGGUUCUGAGAUUCACCAGGCCACGAAGCUCUCACAGCUUACGCGCUCAUGCAAUUCAACGACAUGAAACAAGUCUUUAGCGAAGUUGAUACAGAGAUGGUUGAUAGAACAUCUAAAUGGAUUCUUAAUAAAAGAAACGGUAGUGGCUCAUUUGUGUCUCGGCAAGGUGGAGCUGACUCAUUUGCAUAUCCCCCUCCUAACCUUUCUGAUGCUUACAUUUGGUAUGCUUUGACCAGUAUUGGAACAGACAUUGAUCUUGACAGAGAAAUCAACAGCACUAUUAUUCGUGCAAAGACACACAAAGAUUCAUACUUAUAUGCUCUGAUGGCUAAUAUUCUGUACAACAUCGGAAGAACUGAAGAAGCUAGAAAAUUCUCAACACUUUUGAAACAAAAUCAAAACAAAACAACUGGCAUUAUGAACCAGAAAAAGUCUAGCAUCACACGCUCAACAGGCAAAAGUCUCAACAUUGAAACAACUGCAUUAGCGAUUCUUGCCUGGCUCAAAGAUGAGUCUUCAGACUUUAUUGAUCAAAUAGACUUAGCAAUCAAGUUCAUUAUUGAAAAUGGAAUCGAUGGAAGUUAUGGCUCAACUCAAGGUACUAUUCUUUCACUCCAAGUGUUGGUUGAGUACAUGAAAAGUUCGAAACUUGGUGCAACAGGCACUUAUGAAUUAUUUGUGGAUGGACAGAAUAUUCAAAGCUUAUACCUUAACAAAGAUACCAAAGUUUCAACUCUAGAUUUCAAUGAAGCUCUAUCAAAUUAUAUUCAGCAUAACCUAACUCUAUUCAGUAGCAAUUCUUAUCACACGAUAAAAUUAUUGUUGAAGGAUUACUCUGAAAGCAUGAAGAAACUCAAAUUUCUGUACUUUAUUCAAGAAAAAUUUAACGACUUGGCACCUCUAUCAAACCCAAAGUCUGUUCUGAACUUCUCGAUCAAAUCUUCCACAAACUCUCAAGAAACUGAGAUCGGAGAUUUCACCACUUAUCAAGUCAGACUUGAGAACAUGGAUAGGGAUAAUGGACAAGGCAUGGCUGUAGUCAUUGUCAGAGUCCCCAGUUGUCAACAAGUAGACUACAACUCAUUGGAGAGACUCCAAAACCAGAACAAGGUUUCUUACUUUGAAGUCUCGAAUGGAAACUCUGAUAUCAUUUUGUACUGGAGAACUCUCCAGCCAGGAGAAGUCAGCUUUGCAGUGACACAAAUUUAUCUCGCGGAGACCUGCAUUACAAGACCAAGCAAGGCUUACCUUUAUUACGACGAAGAUGAGUCCCAAGUGUGGACACAAUAAUAACAGAGUUUCAACAAACUUAAAUAU